CCACAACCUCCUCAUUCUUCAAGGCCCAGCUCAGAUGCCGCACUUCCCCCUACAGGGUCCUGGAUCUUCCUGCUCUUGUCACUUACUCCUCCCUCAGUGGUCUCCCAGUCCUGCACCUGUGCCUCCCUUUUGCCUUGGUGACCAGGACACAGAUGAAGCAUGUACUCCCUUCCAGAGCAUGGCACCUUCUCUGUCAAAGAUGCACUGGACACCAGAACAUGCCCAGCCACUCAACCAGUGGCCAGAGCAGCACCUGGACGUUUCCUCCACUACCCCAUCACCAGCCCACAAGUUGGAGCUGCCCCCAGGGAGUCGCCAGCGCUGCCACUAUGCUUGGGCACACGACGACAUCUCAGCCCUCACUGCCUCCAACCUCCUCAAGCGCUAUGCAGAGAAGUAUUCUGGGGUCCUGGACUCACCCUACGAGCGCCCAGCCUUGGGCGGCUACGGUGACACCUCCUUCUUCAAUGGCACCAAGGGGGACACGGAGCCCUGGCCAGGGCCGGAGCCACCCUACCCCUUGGCCUCACUCCACGAGGGUCUCCCAGGAACGAAGUCGGGCGGCGGGGGCGGCUCCGCGGGCCUAGGGGGCUCCCCGGUUUUAGCCGGGAACCUGCCUGAGCCCUUGUACGCCGGCAACGCGUGCGGAGGCCCGUCGGCUGCGCCCGACUACGCAGCGGGCUACGGUGGGGGCUACCUGGCGCCGGGGUACUGCGCGCAGACUGGAGCCGCGCUGCCUCCGCCGCCCCCGGCCGCGCUCCUGCAGCCUGCGCCCCCGCCGGGGUACGGCCCCUCGGCGCCGCUGUACAACUACCCAGCUGGCGGCUACGCGGCGCAGCCGGGCUACGGAGCGCUCCCGCCGCCGGCCGCGCCCCCGGCCCCCUACUUGCCCUCGGGUCUGCCCGCGCCCACGCCCCUACCCGCGCCGCCCCGGCCAGCGCCCACCUCCUACGGCUUCCAGGCGGCCACCGCGGGAGCGGAAGCCGGCGUGUCGCUGAAGCGCAAGGCGGCGGACGAGGGCGCGGAGGGCCGCUACCGCAAGUACGUCUACGAGCCCUCCAAGGCCCCCGCGGCCGACGGUGCCUCCUACCCCGCCGCGGAUAACGGCGAGUGUCGCGGCAACGGGUUCCGGGCCAAGCUGCCGGGGGCCGCGGAGGAGGCGUCGAGCAAGUACGGCGGCGGCGUUCCCCUCAAGGUCUUGGGCUCCCCUGUCUACGGCUCGCAGCUCGAGCCCUUCGAAAAGCUCCCGGAGCGGGCUCCAGCCUCGGCGCCCCGUGGGAGCUUCGCCGUGCUCUCGGGGGAGCCUCCCAAAGGUGCUGACGCCGGGGCGCUGGAGCUGGUGACCAGCAAGAUGGUGGACUGCGGGCCGCCGGUGCAGUGGGCAGACGUGGCAGGCCAGGGUGCGCUCAAGGCGGCGCUGGAGGAGGAGCUGGUGUGGCCCCUGCUCAGGCCGCCGGCCUACCCCGGCAGCCCGCGCCCGCCGCGGACAGUGCUCCUCUUCGGGCCGCGGGGCGCAGGCAAAGCGCUGCUCGGCCGCUGCCUGGCCACACAGCUGGGCGCCACGCUGCUGCGCCUGCGCGGUGCAAGCCUGGCCGCGCAGGGCGCCGCCGAAGGUGCCCGCCUCCUCCAGGCCGCCUUUGCGGCCGCGCGCAGCCGCCCGCCGGCCGUGGUCCUUAUCUGCGAGCUGGACGCGCUGCUGCCCGCCCGGGACGACGGCGCCUGCGCACCGGGAGCCCUGCAGUCCCAGCUCCUGGCCUGCCUGGACAGCGGCUGUGGCGCGCGGGCCGACGGCGUGCUGGUGGUGGGAACCACCUCGCGGCCUGCGGCCCUGGAUGAGGUGACCCGCCGGCGCUUUGCCCUCCGCUUCUACGUGGCGCUGCCAGACAGUCCGGCCCGCGGGCAGAUCCUGCAGCGGGCGCUGGCCCAGCAGGGCUGUGCGCUGAGCGAGCGGGAGCUCUCGGCCCUCGUGCAGGGCACCCAGGGCUUCUCCGGGGGCGAGCUGGGGCAGCUGUGCCAGCAGGCGGCGGCCGGGGCGGGCCUCCCAGGGCUGCAACGCCCCCUCUCGUACAAAGACUUGGAGGUGGCGCUAGCCAAGGUGGGCCCUAGGGUCUCCCCCAAGGAGCUGGACUCGUUCGUGGAGUGGGACAAAAUGUACGGCUCCGGACACUGAUGGGGCGGGGGAGGCCGUAGGAGCUGCCUCUGCUUAGGGCAAAUGUCUUGACCAAACCGGGCCGGGAGGGGUCCCGAGUGGCGCAUGUCGGGUGGGGGACGGGACUACUCUGCUGGUGGAUGUUUUUCAUGGGAAGGAAAAUGCUUCUGCUAGGCAGAUUGAUGCCAUGCGCCGUGUACUCAGGUUUUUCCUAUUUAUUGUAGACAGGAAGCUCGCCAUCUCCGCCCGGCGGAAGGGGCAGACCCUGCGUGGGCUAAUACCCGGGCCUAAGGCGCUCCUGCUCUCCUUUUGUCUCCUCACCCUCUCAAUGGCACCUACACCUCCCCCACUCCCACCUCUCUGCAUUUGCUUGGUCUUUCCAGUUGCUUUGUCAUUGACCUCCCCCACCACGCUGUCCUCCUUUUCUGCUCCUCCUUCCUGUUCCCACCUCUCCAUGUAUCACACUCUGUGCUUCUUUCUGUCCGGUGUGUUUAGGCAUCCCUGUGCCUCUUGGUCCCUGUGCUUUAAUGCCCCUCCCUACCUUCUGUCCCUCAUUCAUGUUGCAGUGUCCUUUUGCAGGAGAUCUGGAGGCUCAGGGCUGAGGAGGAAGGGAGUGGGGAACCCCUUUCCCACUUCCUUAUCCCUUACCCAGCUGAAAAUUUGGGUCUGGGGAAAGAGAACAAGCCAAAACAAACCAAAAACAAAAAAACAAAACAAAAAACCCCAAAGAGUUUUGGGGCCUUGUUUUUGAGGGGAAGUCCCAGAGAUGUAGCUUAAUAUUUAGGCCUUUUAUUUUUGUAAGAUGUGUAGAAUUUGCUGUUUUUAUUUUUCUUUUGACAACUCAGGAAGAAACUGACCUCAGAAAGAAUGUUGGACUUCAGCUGCUCUCCUUUGUGUCCCCAUCCCCUACCCGGGGGAGCAAAUUCUCCCAGAAGAGUCAGACUUGUGGGGAGGGCAGAGGAAGACCCAGCUCCUCACUCAGUCCUGGGGUGUUUCUGGGACAGAAGCAGAAUGUAUUUCUACGGGCUUCCUUCUCCCCAGGUACCAGCUUGAAGGCAGGGGUGCUCUGGAGGGGGUGUGGGAUUUGAAGCAGGCAGAUCUUGCUACCUUCCUGCUGUUCUUCCCUGUGCACCCCAGGCUUCAGUUUCAGCUUUUCUGUGAAAGGUUUUUCAGAGUUGGGGUUUUCUUGCUCAUUUCCUGUUCUAGCAAAAGUGCCCAAUAGGAAGGAGACACAGGCACAAAGUCCCCAGGGAGGUCAUUCCAUCUGUCCCCUGCCUUGCAGAGGUCCCCAGUUUAGGCUGAGAGCAUCAUUGUUUUAGGAGGGAAGAAGGUCUGGCCUCCAGCAUGAGUCAACACAGAAUUGACUCCUACCCUCCAGCUGCCCUCUGUGCUGGGGCCUCUGAGGAGGGGUGAGUGUCACUCAUUGGGACUGACUGGCUGGGGACACCUGUCCUGUGGUGGGUAGGGCAGGGUGUUUUUCCCUCACAUGGCAUUGGGGUUAGUGUAUGUAGGGGAGUUCCAGCCAGCUUGAAGCCCUGCUCUUUGGGAAACAUAUUCCAUAUUCCUCUCCUUCCCACUAGUUUUCCUUGAUGGGGCUUCACCCUUUCACAAAUCUCACAACUCUUAAGUUCUGGUCCAAAGGGGGAAAUGCCGUCCCAUCUCUGUUUCUGUCCCCUCCUAACUUCCCUGCCUGCCCCUAUAGCUCCUACAGUCUUAGCACUGCUCUUCUGAUGGGUGUGUGUGGAGAGGUUUCCACAGGGCAUUUCAGGCGCCAGGAUGCAGAGGGCUAGUGCUGGCCUAAGUGCUAAACAAGAAAGCUGCUGUAUCUCCCCCUCUUCACCCUUAGCCUCCUUGGCUGACAGAUUGUAGGGCUUGGUGCCUCAAAGCAGUAGCCCCAGGAUUUGCCCAAAAUCCCCCAGAGGGGCAGGCAGUGAAGGGGUUCUCUCU